AAACAAACGGCGCAUAAGAAAGUAAACUCCUCCACCGACGACAGCAGCAACCAGCACCGCUGUAGCCAUGAACGAUGACCGCAGACACGGGUUAGCAGGAGCCGGUGACAACGUUUUUGGGGAUUCAUCACAGUUGGCACGUUACUCAACUUCCUCUUUCCUCAAAGUGUCUCCAGUUUGGUAAGACCUCCCAUGUUAUUUCUGGGUUUGCUGUAGUUCCCGUUAUUUGAAGAGACACAAUGUUACAGUCCAGCAGAGGAUACAGACUGUCUCCGCAGGCAUGUGAUUGUAUUUCAAUAGUUUUACUAUAGAGACUUUUAACAUUUGCUCCUCUUUAAAUGUUGAUUAAAUGGUCACUUCUGCAAGCUCUACUUGUCGCUAAGAAGACAUGUAUGUCCUGAGGGUCACGUGUCUUUUCAUUUUGAUCAUCUCUGCUUUUAAAGGUCAGCACGUUGACAACUCCUGCUGGGUUUCCCCCAGAGAUCAUUACAUUGAAGUGGGAUCUGAUACAGAGAUAGUGUGUCAGACGUCAUGUGUCUCCGACAGAGUCUUUUGGACGCUGAACAACAUACGCAUGGACGACAGUCUGUCCAACACCGUCAACUCCUCACACACCGUGCUGUCGCUGAGGAACUUCACACUGCAAAGUGCUACGCUGGAGUGCCACGAGGCACACCUUCAGCAAGUUCUAGCAGGAACCAUUGUCACAACAUACACAAAACCCAGCAAUAUCUCCUGUUUCCUGCACUAUGAACCUCAGAGAAGAGAUGGAAUCCCUCAUCUGAUCACGUGCAAGUGGGAGCACAUGAUCACAUCUUCUCUUUCGAUAAACUACACCGUAUAUGUCUCCUCAGUGCUCGUAACCCGAGGUGAAAUCUGUGUUUCCCGUGAAAAAACCUGCACCACAAACACAUCUGGUAUAAUAGUCAUUAACAGGAAGUUCAAUGUGACUGUAAUAGCUAAGACUACAGCCUGGGAAGCCUACUCUGAGCCUUAUGAAUUUAUUCCCCUUCACAUAUUGAAAAUGCCUCGUCUGAGUGUAAAUGUGUUGUCGUUGGCUGAUCAUUUAAAGAUUGAGUGGAAUCGCUCUCUCCAGGACAAACCGUGUCACUGUCAAGUCAAGUUCGUCAAGAUUGUCAGCAGUGGAGAAUUUGAGACUGUGUUCAAUGAAACUCUGAACUCUAAAAAGAAUGGGCGCAUGCUCAAAGAAGUGGAGUCCUGCACCAACUACAACAUUGCAGUUCGCUGUGCUUUAGAACAUGCUCCCUGGAGUGAGUGGGGCGAGGAGAAGACUGUGCUGACUCAGCUGAAUAAAAACCACAUUGAACUGCGUCUGUGGAGAAAAAUAUCCAAACCUGAUGAAUAUGGAGUCAGAAAUGUUCGUGUCAUGUGGACGGGGAUUCCUUCAACCUGCCAAGGCACUUUUUCAUACACUUUAAAAAAGGUUUCCUACAGGGAAAACGCAUCUGGAGAGAAUGUCACUGAAUUGCUAUGCAGCAACACAACUUGUUCUGUUGAUGUCACUGAAGAUGCCCACAGCAUAAACCUUACUGUCCUCCUGAAUGAAGCGGUGCUGGCUGAGGACUCUGUUUACGUUCCAGCCACCACAGAGAGUCUCCCUGAACCUACUGAAAUCCAACCUUCAGCCUCGGACGGUGUCAUUUCUGUCAGAUGGACGGCUCCUGUUCAGCCCGUCAGUGGCUACAUGAUCGACUGGACCCAGGAUGGAACUCAUUUUAACUGGAAGGAGACCAAAUACACAAACAUGACACUCCGAGAUCUUCUUGAGAAAAAACAAUACAAUAUCACAGUAACUGCUCUGUUUGAAGACAAGACGGGUCACGGUGCAGAAGCUCCUCAGAUCUGCUCAUCACUGGGAGGUCCUGGUAACAUCACCGUCAGUGUGCAAGCCAAUCACAGAAGCGCUAAUGUGACAUGGGUCACCAAAUCAGAGGAGAAGUGCAGUGCUCCAAUCCUCACCUUCACCAUUGUUUACAGUCAUCCUAAAGGACCAAUGCAGAAUGUGACUGUGGACAGCACAAACCAGGACGUGGUUUUGGAAGAUCUGAUUCCUGCCACAGAGUACAGUCUGUACGUGAAGGCAGCGUCUCUGACUGGAACGUCUAGAAGUGGCGAAAGAUACUUCAGUACAAAGAGAUUUGAUCCAAGGCUCAUCCCUGGACUCAUUACUUCCAGUGCCAUAAUCAUUGUUCUUGUGAUUAUUCUGGGAUGGUGCUGCACUGCUCAGUGUAAGAAAAAAGUUCCUGAUCCUGCUCUUAGUUCUUUGGCAACGUGGCCCCCUCCUGGUCAUCAAAAGGGGAUGUGUCCUUUCCAUGACUUCAGUAAUUCUAGAAGUUUCUGUGGCAGGGUUUACACGGAGGAAAUGCAGAUAACCCACAGUCCACCAGCAGCUAGAGACUGCAAUGCUAACACAUCCAAUGAGCAGAGUAACAACCACACAGAUCCAACUGUAAUUCUCUCCCCAGAGGCACAAAAUGGAGAGCCAAUAGAUUUUCAGGGAACAAAGUGUUUGUGUUUUGGAGAAUCCACCGUGUUACUGUCACCGGAGAACAACAAAUUCAACCCAUAUCGAAGUCAGAUUAGUGUGGACAGUCCUCCACAAAGGUCAUGUAAACACAAUAAGCAUGCACCUGUAAAACAGCAAGAAAAGUCAGCACCAGUGAUGGUGUACGUCACUUUAAAUAUGUUCAAACAAGGCCAAAGUCGGUGAUCAAACUAUGAAAAAAAGUUUGGGACGAGAAAACCUUAAUGCCAGUGUAAGCUUGCUUAAAUUUUAUUAAAAAAAUAUUUUCAAAGAUUUUAUUCUGAAGUGCAGUGUGUGGUGAAAAGUGUAUUGUAUCUUUAACUUAAAGGUUAUUAGUACAAGUAUGUACCAUUAUAUGUGGGGAAAUACAUGUUACCUGCCCAGUAAAAGAACUAAUGUAUGCAUGCAUGUCAUUGUUAUAGUGCAUUAUCUGCUACAACGACUACUGUGAGAAGUCUUCAAAAUGUAUGUCUUGCAGCUGAUUUCUCCAGACUGUUUGCCUCUAAAUAUGCUCAAAACAUGCAAGUGCUAUUAAACAAGAGCUGCUUCCUAAUGAGAUACAGUUAUUCAUCAACUCAAUUCAUUAAACAUGACGAAAACAGA